CAGUCCAGUCCAGUCUGGUGCAGUCCAGUCCAGUCCGGUUUAGUCCAGUCCAGUCCGGUCCAGUCCGGUCCAGUCCAGUCCGGUCUGAUCCAGUUCAGUUCAGUUCCAGUACAUUCCAGUCCAGUCCAUUCCGGUCCAGUCCAGUCCAGUCCGGUUCAGUCCAGUCCAGUCCGGUCCAGUCCGGUCCAGUCCAGUCCGGUCUGGUCAUGCAGUCCUUGACGGAGGAGAUCCAGAGUUUCUCCCGGACGCGGCUGAGGAAGCAGUGCACCCGCGUGACGUCACUGAGCGGCCGCCGCAUCAUCGAGACCUGGAAGGGGUCAACCAUCACCGUGGUGGAAGACCCCGCCCCCCCGGAGAAGAUGCUCGGGUACGUCCCCGACACUUCCUGGGACCUGCAAGUCGGCGUCGUCAAGCCUUACCUGCUGCUGGGUUCUCAAGAUGCUGCACAUGACUUUGGUACUCUGAGAAAACACAAGGUGUCUCACGUCCUGAACGUGGCCUUCGGCGUGGAGAACGUGUUUCCCGACCUCUUCAUCUAUAAGACCGUCAGUAUUCUGGAUCAUCCCGACGCCGAUCUGCUGCUCCACAUCCAGGACUGUUGUGACUUCAUCCAGCAGGCUCGCAGCGAGAAAGGUGUGGUGUUGGUCCACUGCAACGCCGGCGUGUCCCGGGCUCCGGCUGUGGUCAUGGGCUACCUGAUGUCAUGUGACAGCCUGUCCUUCGAUGAAGCCCUCUCAUUGGUCAAAUCAGCUCGGCCCGCCUCCUCCCCGAACCCUGGCUUCCUGGACCAACUCAGGAGUUACAAAACGCCGACGAUGAACGGAUCCAAACACUAACGGAUCAAGAGAAAAUGUUCAUGCUGUUUUUAGACAGAAAAAAUAAGUUAGAUUUUAAUGAAAAAAACCUAAAAACAAAUAUUUUUGUGAACAAAUUUUUGGGAUUUUAACAGUGUGGGAUCUGUGUUUGGACUGAGGAAGAAGGCUCUGGUUCUGUUUUGGUUUCAUAGUUCAUUAUGUGAGAAUGUGAGGUUGAUAUGAAAUACUACUUUGACUUUAAAAUAGUUGUGACACAAGAUUCUACAAGCUGGAAAUGAAAGGAAGGAUUUCUUUCUUCCCUCUACUGGUUUCUACCUGUGCAGAGAGGUUUGAUUAAAUGUGUCCAGAUUUUUAAACCAAAUGACAUGAUUGACUCCAAAUGCCUUUCUUGUUUUUAUUGAUGACAUCUUCUUAGUGUUUUGGUGCUGUCGUUCUUAUGGUCAUGUCUGUGCUUUGUUACAUUAGCUUAGCAUUAGAACAAUAGAUUGUGGGGGAAAUUUAUCUUCUGCAUUUUGACCCACCCUCACUGUUUUGGAGCGGUGGGUCACCGCAAACUGAAAAUCAAUAAAAAAACUUCAAUGACAGAAGCAGAACU